GAGCCGCCCGAGCAGCUCCGCGACCCGCCGCCGCCGAUUUUGACCCAGAUUUCUGUCGGGGACUCGGGCAGGGGGUGGGCUGGGGGCUCGCGUACAGAAGAAUGAGAGAGCCCUCUUACCGGAGGGGGCGUAAACAUGAACGGGGCCGUGUAUAUCUCGUUUUUCCAGGGCCAGCUGGAGUCCGUGCUCGAGCAAGUCGUUCAGCUCGCCGUCCAGGAAAUAAGCAAGACGGUGGGCUCCAGCCUGAACGCCCUGCUUCUGGAGACGGCCGUGAAGGAGCAGGAAAACCGCCGGCUCCGGCUCCAGCUGCAGGCGCGGGAGAAACGGGGCCGAGCCACCGCUUCAGACGACGGAGGAGGAGGAGGAGGAGGCUCCCCGGUGGCUGGUAAGAACAAAGCCGCGGAGAGGGCGGACAGCGUCAGGGCAAAACCCGAGCAGCAGCCCGGGGGGCAGGGCACGGAGCCCGGCGUCCCCACCGACACGCGUCGCCUGGAGCAGAGAGGACGAGUCGUGGACCAGCUGAAGUCCGUCAUGGAGCAGGUCCUGGACUUUGCCGUACGCGAGCUGACAAAGAUCGUGGAGGCGUCGUUCGACGACCUGCUGCUGGAGAUCACCAAGAUGGACCGAGAGCAGCAGCUCCUGGAGAAGAUGCUGGGAAACGGCGCCGAGCGAGGGGGCGGGGACAAAGGGAAAGGAGGAGGCGGGGGCAGGGGGAGGAGGGGCUCGGAGAACGACUCGGUGUCCCCCAGCGGCUCGGAGGACGCCCGCGAGGAGCUCGCUGAGGUCGCCGCGCCCAAAGCGACACCGCAGACAGAUGAGCCGGAGCGCCCCCCCGUCCUCUCCGUCUCUCAGGACUGGGUUCCCAUCCUGGACAAAGUCUUCGGUCAGAAGUGGUGCAGCGACGUCUGGGACGUCAAAGAGCUCGGUGGUGCUGGUGGUGGAGGAGGAAGUGGGCGAGGGCUAGGAGAGGGUGUGGCUCGCAUUGAGCCUGUCUCCACCCCCGCUGUGACUCUAGAGCCCUCCCCCUCCUCCCCCCAGCAGGACCCCCGCUGGACUCCUCUGGAGGACAUGGAAGUGUUUUCUCCUGAUGAAGACGAGGCCACGGGCAGUCAGAGGAGCAACGCAGCUGCCACCGGACCUCCACCUGGAGCCCCCCUCAGCCCCACAGGUCGCCGCUCCUCAGCCUCCAUGCUUCACCGCCUCCUCACUCUCCCCUCUCAGCUGCUCGAUGAUGACGAGGAUGCUGCCGCCGCCAAGGAGAUGCUCAGCUCUCUGGUAGCCGACGGCUCCAACAGGCCUCGAGGCGCCGUCGAGCCUCCGAGUCGCACUGGCAGGGGGGAGGAGGAGGACGAGGAGGAGGACGGGGGGGAGGAGGAGGAGGGGGACGAAGAGGAUAAAGGGAAGAAGAGGAAGCGGCGGCGGGUUUGGUCAGAGUGUGAGGAGUGCGGCCGCAGGUUUAGCCGGAUUUCCCUUCUGAAGGCUCACCGCCAGACUCACAGGGCCGGGAACGCUGCCGCUGACACAUCGUCACGUUCAUCGCCGCCUGCCGGAGCCGCCUCGCCACUGCGCUGCUCCCACUGCGGCAAGAGGUUCUCCUCGGCCACCCGCCUCCACAGCCACAUCCGGACCCAGCACCACGGCAACCAGCCCUGAUCUGGGCCUGGGUCUGACCCUGACGGUGGGUCUGAGGGUACGAUGGCGUGAGCGGCAGCGGCGGGGACAUUUUAUUUUGUUACAAAAAACUUUUACUCUGAAAGACAACAGGAAGUAAUAGACAAACGGACCUCUAAUCAGAGCGGCCCCACCGUCGUCGGUUCCCCCCAAAGCUGGGUUGAGGUCUGAUGGUCCCGACUCGCCGAGUUCAGACAGGAAACGUAAAAAGCAGCGAAAAAAUUCUGCCAAAGUUUUUUUUUUUUUCCACAUUUCAAACUUUGAUGUUUGUUUCUUAAAUUUUUAAAAAGUUUUCAGGGUCUUUAAACUUUUUUAACUGGAAAAACUUCAUGGAUUAAAGAAUUAAACGCUGCUGAAUCCCGACCCGAGGAUGGCGUUCGCCUGAUCGAUCUCACUGCGGCGCCGCGCUCAGGACAUCGAGGGCUCAAAUUUGAGUUUCAGUUUGUUCAUUUAGGAGGAGAAACUUUGAGCUUAAAGGCAGAAAAUUAUCUCCAGAUUAUUUCCUGAAAUCAUCGAUUUCUCUGCAACAGAAGAAAUUUUAGCCCAAAACUCAAAGAAAUCGGUCUUCCGAGGACAAAGAAAGGGACAAAAUUCCCGCUUUUAUUUUAGUUUUCUGGUCUGGAACAAACUUGAGCUGGAAGUUUAGAAAAGGAUCUUCUAGAAAACAUCAGAAUGUUUUUAGUCCAAAACGAGUUUAUUUCAGUUUGAGUGGAAGGAGAUCGACGGUGGAGCUGCUGAGGAGGAAAAAUAUCACAAAUAAAGCCACAAAUCUGCAGGUUCGACCUCCACGUGAAUCCGACUGCGGAGGACGUUCAUGUCCACCGCCAGCGGAGGCCUGAGCGCGCCUUCAUUCACGAUCGUCUGAGAUGAGGAAAAGCGGCGGAUUCUGGAAACGUUUUCUGGAGGCGACACAGACGACCUCGUAAAUCUGAACGUAGAGCUGACUCAGACGCUUCUGAGGAGGAGGCGUCAGGUCGGAGGUCACUGAGGGAAAAAAACGCACACAUGCUCCUCCUCCUCUUCCCGUGUUUCCUCUCCUGUAAAAUAUCCCUGCGGGUGGGCAGGAAAUGAGCUCCAGCUGCUGCAGGUGAAGGUUUUUGCAAUAAGCUCGCUCCACUGCGCCACCUGCUGUUGUUUGUUUGCUCGUGCAGCGUGGACACGUUUUCUACUUGUUUAGUUUUUAAAGUGCUCCUUUUUUACGUUGAUCUUUGGAAUAUCGUGAGUGCAUUUAGUUGGUUUUCUCAGCGUUCCUGGAUGAACUUCGAGGACCCGAACAGGAGAUCGGAGGAGCGUCCUGUGCGUCAGCGGCGUCCUCAGUGUGAAUCUCAGCGGUUUGAACUCGUUACAGUUCAUGUGCAGACUUUAACUUUUCAGACGUAAACGAUAGUGAAACGUGAGGAACGAGCGAGAGAUGGAGGACUCCUGCUUCCUUCCUUCGUUCCUUCCUUCCUUCGUUUCUUCCUUCGUUCCUUCCUUCCUGUUCAGAAUCUCACACUCACAUCACACACAGUUUUUCACUGCUCAGUUUUUGCUUUCAUUCAUAACUCCAAAAAAAUACACGUGACUCGCUGGUUUGAAAACUGCAUUUCAGAGCCUCAACGUUAGCAUUAUGGCCACAGCUCCGCCUCCUUUAUUAGUCCAAUGAAGCCACAGCAGCCAUAUUAUUGGUCAGAUAAUUGCAUUAAUAGAAACAUCCCUCCCCCCUACAGCUGUUAUGAAGCGGGAAAUUAUCCACAGAGACCAAAGCAGUUUUUGUAUCAGCUGUAAACAUGUUUAUUUCUGCUGGAAGGUUUAACAUGGGGAGUCUGGGGGGACUGACUCACUGUGGCGCCCUGCUGGACAGCAGAGGAACAUUUUAAUUUUAUAAAUAAAGUCAAAAUAUUGAUGUUUAUUCUUGGCAUAGCUGAGCUUCCAUAGAGUAUCAGUUGGAGAAAUGAUUGUAAGAAUCGAUGAUCCCAUUUCACCCAAAUUGCUGCUGUGCCAUGUCUAUGGAAGCCCAUUCUUGCCAAAAACGUUAAUUCUGUCUCACAGAAUGUUUAUGGAGUUAUGUUAGUUUCACUUCUUAUGUGAACUUUAACACCCCCCCCC